AUGUGCGAGAAAAAUCAGAUCACUAUAAAUUUCAUGUGGGUAAAAGCGCACAAUGGUCUCGGAGGUAACGAAAGGGCGGAUGAAACCGCCAAAGAGGCGGCGAUGACGCCUAAAGACUCACCGGACUACGACUUCUGUCCCAUUAUAUACUUCAAGAAAUGGCUGAGGGCUAUGUUUGUGUUCGAGAUGACAGAUUUGAUGGGUAAUGAGAAUUCUUGUUCUGAACAUCUAGCUAACAUAUUUAUUGAAGCGGCAGAUGAUGCUUUUCCGCAUAAAUCCACUAAUGGUUCAAAACUCAAAUUUCCAGCAUGGUGGGAUAAAGAAUGUAGUAACGCUGUCAAAGAAAGGAAGCGUAUGGAAAGAAUUUACGCCCAUGAUAUGUCCGACAUAAAUUUUGAAAAUCUCUCUCAAACUAUUAAUCUUACCCGGUCACUUCUUAAAACAAAAAAACAAGAAGGAUGGAAAUAUUUUUGUUUAUCUUUAUCCCCUGAUACUUCUCCUGGUGACGUGUGGAAAAAUAUUAGACGUUUUCGAUCAGCUUUCAAAGAACAAUCAUCUGAUAUUUCUAAGGAAUUAGCUCAUAAAUUUAUGGAUAAUCUGGCACCUCUUACGGUUCCGGAGUAUAUUGAUAGGAUACCCACUGUUACCUCCCUUACAGAUCAUAAUUAUAGUUCUUUAGUAGGAUGUCAAUUUAUUUUAGAAGAACUCAUAGGAGUUCUUUCGUGUGUUAAAGAUUUGUCGCCAGGAAUGGACGGGAUUCCAUAUUCAUUUUUAUCUCACCUAUCAGAAACAUGUUUAAAAUAUUAUUUAGAGCUAAUAAAUUCAAUAUUGAUGUCUGGGAACAUUCCUUCGUCUUGGAAAUCGCAAGAAAUAAUACCUAUUUUAAAGCCAAAUAAAUCCUCAAGUGAGGUAGCAUCCAAUAGGCCAAUUGCUUUAUCGUCUGUUCUUUGCAAAAUUUCAGAGCAUUUAAUUAAAAAUCGGCUAGAGUGGUAUUUGGAACAUAACCGACUUCUAUCGAAUAGUCAAUUUGGGUUUCGCAAGGCAAAGAGCGCCAUUGACAACAUCUCCAUACUAACUUCAGACAUCAAUAUCGUUUUUUCAUGUAAUCAACAUGUUGUUGCUGCGUUUGUUGACAUUCGUUCAGCAUACGACAAUGUUGUUAUCUCGAUACUACAAAAAAACCUUUUGAAACUUGGUAUUCCUAAUGUUUUAAUUAAUUUUAUUAUAUCAUUACUAGAACAAAGAUAUAUAUUUUUAAACAUUGAUGAAUCUGUCCAAUUAAAACGUACAAUAAGUAAAGGUCUCCCUCAAGGAUCGGUCUUAAGUCCUCUGUUGUAUAAUAUUUACACACAUGAUUUGGCUGAUUCACUCCAUUCUACUAUUAACAUCCUUCAGUACGCGGAUGAUCUAGUUAUAUACACCAUAGAUGCUAAUUUUAAUUGUGCUUGUAAUUUUUUAAAUCAAGGUCAUACUGACCUCAAAUGCUGGCUCGAUAAAAAUGAAUUAGAUGUGUCCGUCGAUAAAAGUGUCGCCGUUGUCUUUACAAGAUCGCUAGUGAUUCCUAGGGUUAAUGUUAGUUUUAAUGAGAAGCAGGUACCACUUGAAAAUCAUACAAAAUUUUUAGGUGUAAUCUUGGAUAGUAAAAUGACUGGUACUCUUCACGCUGAGUACAUAUGUACAAAAUGUGAAGCUAUACGUAAUUUAUUAAGAUGUCUUUCGGGAGUUUGGUUGGGUGCUCAUCCUUAUUGUAUGAAAUUGGUCUACAAUGCUUUGAUUCGAAGUAUUCUGGACUAUGGUAUGUUUUUAUUAGAAAGCGGUAACGUUACAGCACUAAAAAAAUUAGAUCAAAUCCAAGCUAAGGCUCUGAGAAUUAUGUUAGGUGCUAUGAAAUCCAGCCCUAUUAAUGCUCUUCAGGUUGAAGGGGGGAUCCUCCGCUCAAGAUCCGAAGGCAAUAUUUAUCUGAUAGAUUUUUAUUCCGUAUAUUACAAUUCAGUAACCAUCCAUUAA